UCGGCAGCAUUAUGCCGGAUUUGUCACACGGAAUGUGAAAGCACCCGAGACCCUUUUGUUUCGCCAUGUCGCUGCUCCGGUAGCCUACUCUACGUUCAUCGGAGUUGCCUCGUGCACUGGCUUGAACUAUCUACUCGCAAAAUGAUGCCAUCACCACGUUGUGAAUUAUGUGGUUACAACUACAGACGCCGUAACUACAUCAAUCUAUCUUCACUACAUUUUCCUCACCUUUCGACUAGGGAUCGCCUUCUGAAUAUACUUUUCAUCAUAGUCUUUAUUAUUAUGGUUGUCUGUGCCGUUUUAUCAAUACAUUUCCUUCAACUCUCCGACACUUUCGCACUUUUGCUAAAGGAGACAGGGUGUCUAGCUGAACAUGCUUUCGAUAUAUUUCUUGUUUUCAGAGGAUAUCGUGUCGUCUCAUCCUCCCUCUCCGACGACGACGUGACGGUUGUAGUCUGUUCAGUACUCUUCUUCGCGGCGUUUUUCAUCGCCGUCUUCACGCAGUACAGGGCUGAAGCGUCUGUGUGUCGAGUGCUGUUCCGAUGUUGGACAACUAACAUAAACUGGACCAUUCGCCACUAUGACAUAAGGUUCGUGAGAUUCAGAUCACAGAAUCUAGGACAACUUUCAAAACAGUAA